AUGUCCUCGUACAACAACAUACUCGAACCCAAGGUAAGAGCGUCUUGCAUGGAUUCCUCAAACCCGUUACCGAAAGACACAACUGUCAACACAAAGCAUCACACUACUAAGAAUAGAAGCCUCACGAAUCGGGUAUCCACGUGGCUCAACCAGUUCUCGAUCCUUCUCGAGAGGAGCCUCAGGGAGAGAAAAUACGAGAGCUUCAACUCCCUACGCGUUUUCCAAGUCAUCAUGGCCUCUCUGCUAGCCGGUUUCAUGUGGUGGCACUCGGAUUAUCGAGAUGUUCGAGACCGAUUGGGCCUUCUCUUCUUCAUCACCAUCUUUUGGGGCGUUCUCCCGUCGUUCAACGCCGUUUUCGCCUUCCCGCAAGAACGCUCAAUUUUCGUGAGGGAAAGGGCUUCGGGAAUGUACACUCUCUCGUCCUAUUUUCUCGCGCGUAUAAGCGCCGAUCUGCCGAUGGAGCUCAUACUCCCGAUGUUGUUUGUCUCAAUAACGUAUUGGAUGACGGGGCUUAAGCCCGAGCUUUCGGCUUUCAUCUUGACUUUACUCGUCGUUUUAGGUUACGUGCUCGUUUCUAUCGGCCUAGGUUUGGCGCUCGGAGCCUUGAUAAUGGAUGCAAGACAGGCCUCGACUGUAGUCACCGUGGUUAUGUUGGCGUUUGUCCUAACGGGAGGUUACUACGUGCAUAAAGUCCCGUCUUUUAUCUUGUGGAUGAAAUACGUUUCGACGACUUUUUACACUUAUAAACUUCUUAUCAAUGUUCAAUAUGGAGAUGGGGAGAGAGUCUCGAAUUUGCUUGAUUGCUCUGCUGCCGGGGGUCGAGGUGGGGCCGCGUGCAAGUUUAUCGAAGAGGAUAUAUGUGGGCAGAUGAGUCCAGUUAUGAGUGUCGGGAUGCUUUUCGUCAUGUUUGUCGGGUACCGGCUGUUGGCUUAUAUUGCUCUAAGGCAGAUUAGGGCUUGA